CUCUCUCUCUCUCACACACACACUCCGAGAUCCGCCUGAACACUCUCCGCGAUGGACGGAACCAGCGAACGGCAGAGCCUCGGAGGGUUGGUGCUCGUUUACUCAUAAACCGGAGAGCGUGACUUCAGUGAGAACGGAACGGACGACUGACGGAGCGUCCAGAUCCGCGUCAGCAUCAGCGCGUGCAGCUGCGUCACGUGACCUCGCCAGGUGUGUGCGCUGUGUUCCAGGUGAGCGGGGUGUGGAUGCUGUAGGGUCACUAGAGCUCCUCGCAGAUGUCUGGCUCGGGGCUGAUGGGGCGCGUGAGGUCAGCGUUCCGCAGGCAGCCGGACAGCUGGCACCUGAGCGACGCGGCGGCCUUCGACUUCUCCGACGAGCUGCAGGACGACGAGCCGCACAGGUUCAGCCAGCUGAAGGUGGUGGUGUCCGGAGAAGCGGACGACGUUCCCGUGGCUUCACGCAACGGCGCAGCGGUCAGCACGCUGCUGGUGGACGACGACGACUCUCUGCUGGGCUCCUCGUCCAGUCUGGGGAGCCCCGGGGCCACACCGGACCCCUGCGACGGAUGCCGCCGGACCAGAGAGCGCGACAAGCGCAGGAGGGUGAUGCGGAAGCUGGGCGUCGCGGCGCUGCUCUACUUCGGGUUCAUGGUGGGCGAGCUGAUCGGUGGAUACGUGGCCAACAGUCUGGCCAUCAUGACGGAUGCGCUGCACAUGCUGACGGACCUCAUCGGGAUCGUGGUGUCGCUGCUGGCGCUCUGGCUCUCGGCCAAACCUCCCUCCUACAGAUUCACCUUCGGCCUCCACCGGCUCGAGGUUCUGGCCGCUGGAAUCAGCGUGCUGCUGAUCUAUAUUCUGACCGGUGUGCUGCUGAACGAGGCUGUGCAGAGAACCGUCCAUCAGGACUUCAACAUCGACGGAGACGUGAUGCUGAUCACAGCCGCGGUGGGCGUCGCCGUCAACCUGCUGAUGGGCUUCCUCCUCAAUCAGUCCGGUCAUCUUCAUUCACAUGGCCACACCCACUCUCACGGGUCACCGGGGCGGGGUCAGGGUCAGCGGGGUCACGGCAGUCUGGCGGUGCGAGCGGCCUUCAUCCACGCUCUGGGUGAUCUGGUUCAGAGCGUCGGUGUGCUCAUCGCUGCGUACAUCGUCAGGUUUAAGCCGGAGUAUAAGCUGGCCGAUCCCAUUUGUACAUACCUGUUCUCCAUACUGGUGCUGUUCAGCACAAUCCAGAUCAUCAGAGACACCGGCAUCAUUCUGCUGGAGGGUGUUCCGCGUCAUGUGGACGUGUCUGGAAUCAGAGCUGAUCUGCUGAAGCUGCAGCAUGUGGAGUGUGUGGAGGAGCUGAAGCUCUGGGCGCUGACGGCCGAUAAAACCGCAGCCAUCGUUCACCUGCAGCUCGCGCCGGGGAUUGUGGGUAACUGGGAGGAAGUGCAGUCAAAUGCGCGGAGGCUGCUGACGAUGUCACACGGCGUGACACACUGCACGGUGCAGCUGCAGACGCACAGACAGGGGGCGCCACAGUCCUGCACACACUGCCUCACAUCCAGUGCCUGAACACCGUCUGUCUCUCGCUGUCUCACACACACACUGACACACACACACACACACACACACGCGCACACUGACGCACUGACACACGCACACA